GUUGAUGAGGAAUAUUGUGCACAAUAAUGAUAUGAAAAAAUGUGCGCAGAUCCAUACAUCGAUGUGUGGGCUCCAUCCAUGUGGGACCCAAGUGCCGUCGAUUUGAUUCUGCUUUUGUUUUCUUGAAGUUUUGUGUGUUUGGUUGCUUAUAGAAAUUGCUGGAAUUUUUUUGGAAAUCUAUUCUCUAGGAGGUCGAGAAAUUUCUAGGUUGUGUGGACUGGCCAUUCUAUCAUUGACUCUUUCCAAUCAGGAGCUACGAGGAGUAAGCUUUGAAGCUUGAAGUGUUUGUUGGCGAAUAUGGAAGUUUGCCCAGCCCUCAAUUCUAAUGAUGGUUUAAAGCAUCGCAAGUUGACUCCUUUUAGGAUUUUUAGGGGUUUGAUAUGUUUAGUGCUUCUUCUUUCUACAGCUUUUAUGUUUCUAGUAUAUUUUGGGCCUAUUGCAGCAGUCUUGUUGCGCUUUUUAAGCAUACAUUUGAGUAGAAAGACAACAUCUCUCCUUUUUGGUCUUUGGCUGUCUUUGUGGCCCUUCCUAUUUGAGAAGGUUAACAAAACAAAAGUUAUCUUUUCUGGGGAAACUGUUCCACCAAUGGAACGUGUUGUACUUAUUGCCAACCAUAGAACUGAGGUUGAUUGGAUGUAUAUGUGGGAUCUUGCUUUGCGAAAGGGGUGCUUGGGCUACAUCAAAUAUGUCCUGAAGAGCAGUUUAAUGAAACUACCCAUCUUUGGUUGGGGUUUUCAUAUUCUGGAGUUCAUCCCAGUGGAGAGAAAGUGGGAAAUUGAUGAGCCAAUUUUGCGUGAAAUGCUUUCGACUUUUGCUAAUCCUUUGGAUCCCUUGUGGCUUGCUGUUUUCCCAGAAGGAACUGAUUUUACUGAACAAAAGUGCAAAAGGAAUCAAAAGUUUGCAGCUGAAAAUGGAUUACCUGUAUUGAAGAAUGUUUUGCUUCCUAAAACUAAGGGUUUCUACACAUGUUUGGAAAUUCUGAGGGGGUCCUUGGAUGCAGUUUAUGAUAUCACUAUUGCGUACAAACAUCGGUGCCCUUCUUUUGUGGACAAUCUAUGUGGCGUGGAUCCUUCAGAAGUUCAUAUUCAUGUUCAGCGUAUUCCUAUCAAGGAUAUGCCAUUAUCUGAAAGUGAGGUUGCUACUUGGUUGAUAAAUGCAUUCCAGCACAAAGAUGAGUUGCUCUCGCAGUUUGUUGCUGAAGGUCAUUUUCCCCAACAAGGGACCGAAGGAGAACUAUCAACCUUGAAAGGCUUGGUAAAUUUCUCGGUGGUUGUCGCCUUGACUGGCAUUUUUGUAUUUCUUACCUUUUGCUCGUCUAUCUGGUUCAAAAUAUACAUAAGCCUAGCUUGUGCAUAUCUUUCUUUUGCUACAUAUCUCAAUUUCCGACCAUUGCCAGUCCUUGGAAUUGGUAAACCGAUGCUAUGUAAUGAAAAACCCAAGAAGUUAUAACUUGUCCUGAAACACUUAGAGAAAACAAUGAAUAACUUUUACCUCCUUGACUUGAUAACUACUGCAAAUCAUUAUCUUUGAAUGUUUCUGUACCA